AUGAAGUUGGUUCUAGCAAUCCUUUUGGCAUUCUUUGCUUUGGCUUAUGCCUAUCCCAGUCCAGGUGCUGAUAAGCCACAGCAAGAAACGUUAGAUACGGUGAACGUGCCAUCGCUUGCGGAUGCGGACUCCGAUCAUUUACGAGAAGCGCGUGGUUAUGGUCCUGGUUGUUGUGGUGGCGGCGGUCGUGGUGGAGGUGGUUACGGAGGUUAUAAUGGUGGUGGUGGCAACAGAGGCUAUAAUGGCGGUGGCGGUGGCGGUGGCGGCUAUGGCGGUUAUUCCAGUGCUAGUGCUAGUGCCAGCGCCCAAGCUUCAGCCAGUUCUGGUGGCUACAACAAAUACGGCAAAUAA